AUGAGCCUAGCCGGAGUACUGGCGACGAGCCUAAUCGUCGGCUUGGUUGUGCAGGGCGCGAGUUGCGCCCCGGCCGAGCAGCGGGCCAGCAUACCCAUCGACCGCGACCACUUUCUUCUCGUGAUGCUCCUCAAUCGGCUCGACUUCGCCCCCAAGGCAAAGGGGUUGGACGAGGCGAGGUACGGCGAAGUCAGCGGUUACGGAGAGGAGGGUGGCCCGGCGACGAGCCGAGACAAGAGAAUCGGUUCGUUGUCGAUCGUCAACUCGGUGGACGUGCUGCGCCAGCGGGUGCUCCUCGAGUUGGCGCGGCGCCAGGCGAUGGAGGACCAGAGGCAGAUCAGCGAGAACCGGCGCCUCCUCGACUCGAUGGGCAAACGAUCGGGGCACGAGUACCACCGGGACGGGGCCGCUGAUGAUGGGAAGCUGAUGGAGGAGCAGCAGGUGCCGAGGGACGACCGCAGUCGACAGCUUGAGAGGCUGCUCGUCCAGUGAGGGCUUUUAGGCUGCUUUGCGGAGUACCUCGGGAGUUUAAUUUUUUCUUUUUUUUUUUUUUCCACUUGCUCCAUUGUGCGUUUUAACCAUCGGCUUGGUUUUUUUUUUGUUUGUUUGUUUUUUUUUGCGUGUUUUAAGAAAUGUGUAGGUCGUGCAUCGAAUGCUUGGCGUGCGCGUGUCAAAAUAAUUGAAUCGAUUUUAGUUGUGCCGGCGAGGG